AUGCCAGGAAAGCGUAUGGGAAAUCAAGUCCAAUGGGAAAGUCAAGUUCACAAUAUUGCAGAUGGUGAUCAAAUGAGCUUGGACGCUGUUUCACCGUAUUUGCUCAGACGGCAACCUGAUGUCAGCCAGAACCGUACUGUGAACAUCAAACCAUUGAAAGCUGCUCCACCGCCUAAAUUGCCAUCGAAUGCUGGCUCAAACCUUACUGCAUACAUCAAGGCGAAGUUUGGAAACUCUUGCUAUAAGGAAGAAUCUUUCUCUCGGUGGUGGAGAAGUUACUUCUCCCUAGAGGACGAAAUGUUAAUGGAUAAUAAUACAGGUUGUAGUAGAUCUAUAUCCGAUGUGUACAUUGUUGGCGUUAAAAAGUGCGCCACCGACGCCAUUAGAGAUUUAAUGGCUAUUCACCCAUAUAUAAUGUACAGUCGGACAAGGACGCAGGAAAUCCAUUUUUAUGAUAGACAUUUUGAUGAAGGAUAUGGAUGGUAUCGGAGACAAUUUGGCUUUUCUAAAGAAUGGCAGGUGGUUUUGGAAAAGACUCCUCAGACAUUCUCCUUUCCGGAAGAUGCUCCAAGAAAGAUGGCUGAACUUAAUCCGCAGACGAAGAUUAUUAUGAUACUUUGCGAUCCUGUUGUCAGGGCGAUUUCAGACUAUGUACACGAGCUUAAAGUAAAAUCCUAUAAGAAAAUUAACCCUCCUUACUAUCGAAUCAACCGACAAUCUUUUGAACUUUCAGUAUUCAAAGAACCUGGCAAGGUAGAUGUUGAUAACGAGCUCAUCAAUAUGGGCAUGUACUCGAAACACAUGAAGAGGUGGUUGGAAUAUUUCCCAAAGACGCAAAUACACGUGGUUGAUGGCAACGAUUUUAAACUAGACCCUGUAUCAGAAAUACAAAAGAUCGAGAUAUUCCUGGGGUUACCAAACUUUCUACAGAAGUCACAUUUAGAAUUUAGACCUCCAAAAUUGUUCUGCGUCACCUUCCCUAAUAGUCGGUGUCCAAGAACGAAGAAAAAGGGAAGAGAACAUCCUGAAGUACCCUACGAGGUUCUAAACAAACUCUACGAGUUCUAUCGACCAUAUGACAAUGAACUGCAGCAUUUGUUGAAUAAAACCUUCUCAUGGAUGCGAUAG